AUGAGUCACCAUCACCACCCUCGAAGGAUUUUGACACCUGGAGCGUUGAGAAAGCGGAAAGAGAGAGAAAUAUUUUACUCAUUAAAGCUGUCGGCUUCGGCUCAAGCCGCUGCUAAUUCAACAGAUUCUGAAGCAGUUUCCCCUGAGCCAAAAUGCUCUAAUCGGCUUUUAGCCGGGUACAUGGCUUAUGAGUUCUUAACGAGGGGGACUUUAUUCGGUCAAAAGUUUGAUCCGGCUCGAACCGAGGCCGUGUCGUUGGAGUCGAAGAGGUUGAAGCCAGAAGUACCAGAGCAGCAGCAGGCGACCGUUGUUAAGGAGCAUAAGAGUUUUGCUGAGGUGGCAACCAUAUUGAAGACGGAUGGGGCCCACAUCCCAGGUAUAGUCAAUCCUACUCAGCUGACACGGUGGAUCCAGAUGUGA